UAUAGCCAAUAAUAGAUUCUAAAAUGAAGCUCCCAUCCAUGACGGAUUACUGGAUUAGUCAUUAGCCGGACUAAGGUUUUGGGCAACCAAAAAUAAAAUAACAACCACGUAUGGUAUUCAAGUCUUAGGAUUCCAGUAUCACCAAAAAAAAACAAGUAGUCUUAGGAUCGUAGCAAGCUUAUGCUACAGACCUCAUCACUGUUUGAGAAUCACCUCUCACUACGGUGUAUUUGUUUCGUUGAUUCCAAUAUUUUGAGAAGGUGCAAGUUUAGGUGUGGUGAUGUUAUGAGUAGCAAUGAUGUAAGAGAUAAUUAUGGUUAAAAUCAAUUGUUUUAGAUGCGUUUAUAGUGAUGGCCCUUGAAGCAGGAGCAUUCGAAAGCAUUCACCCUUCUCGCUUUAUCUGCUUCACUAUACCGAAUCCAUCUUGUUCAGAUUCGCUGCUCCGAGUUGCUGUGCUUGACUCACAUAUCCAACCUGCUGAUGACAGCCCUCAAGUUGGUGGCAUGUUAGUUCCGGAUGGCCGUGAAGCGGAUUGGAUCUUCUCUACUGAAUCAGGUCAUUCUCAGCUUCUGUAUAGUUCUCAGGGAAUAUCUCGUUUAAUUUUGGUAGGAAACCAACCCAAGGAGGGUGAUUGUACAUCGAAUAUUUAUCAUCGUCCAUUAGAAUGUUCAUUGCAUCAGCAGGGAUUCGAGGUGUGGUCUAAGCCUCUUCUCUUGGCUUUGUGUCCUAGAUCUCUGUUCAAGAAUGGUAUCCCUGAGAUACCCCUUUUGAAUUAUGAAGAUAAUUUAAUUUCUAGUGUAGUAAUUCAUCGAUGCGUUGGAUGUCUUGUUGGUGAGAUGUUGGUUGAAGAUGUUGAAAUUGAAAUUGAAAGUGAGAAUGGUGUUCAUCAUAGUAGCCUUAAAAGAGAGUUUCGAAGGCGGUUGAGGUUUAAGAGGAUGCCUAAUUUGAUUCAAACAGAGAUUCAUAUAGUUCCAGAAACAGACCAUAGUUGUGAUGGUGUAAGCAUCAAAGAUGUGGAGUUUAUGCUUGAUCAUCGGGUUUUCGUGCAUCCUUACUUGGCCCCAAUGGUGGCUAGUCUUUCAUUGAUCAGCGAAAACAUUGCAAGGCGAAUUCAAGAUGGGUUUAAACCAAAAGCUUUAUGCCUUGGGGUUGGAGGUGGAGCUUUGCUUACUUUCUUGACAACUCAAUUGGGUUUUGAGGUCACAGGCGUGGAGAACGACGGCGAAGUUUUGAGUGUAGCAAAGCACUAUUUUGGAUUGGAAGCUGAUGAAUCUAUUCGAGUUGUUAUCGGAGAUGGAAUUGAAUUUACGAAGAAGAUUGCAUACCACAAAAAGAUGCACAAUGGUAGUUCUUUUUCUAGUUCUGAGCAUAAUGAUUUUGAUCACUUUUCAGAUGCCAAGAUCAGCCAUGAUUUUGAUGUUGUUAUGGUAGAUUUAGAUUCAAGAGACAUACGAAACGGCACUAGUUCGCCACCAUUGGAAUUUGUUAGAAGGGAUGUUCUUCUUGCUGCUAAAUCAAUUCUGUCCGAAAACGGAAUUCUUGUUAUUAAUGUCAUUCCUCUGAGCAAGUCCUUCUAUGAGUCCCUGGAAAACCAUUUGCAUGAAUUUUUCUGUGAACUGCACAAGAUAGAUGUAAGAAAUGGCGAAAAUUUUAUUCUUAUUGCUGCUGUAUCGCCUCAGAUUUCUCCUGUUUCGGAUCAUCGCGAUUCAUUUCUCAUGCAAUUGAAAUCAGUGAUUCCAGGAUCAUGGAUAAAUUCCAUAAGCAAGAUAUGAUGUCUUACCAUCCAGUUUCUGCACUGCAGUACUAAUUGAACAUUUGUAACUUCUUGAAUUGUUUUUAUGUAAACAUUUCAAAAGUUUAAUUGUAAAGCUCAAACUCAUAAAACUCGAUCUAGGGACAUAAACUUGUAAUGACACAUUUUAUUCAUAUCUUCAUUGAUGUUGAGGGUUUACUUGUGCUUUAAA